AUUUUAGUUGAUCCAUUUUUAAUUUUUUUUGUGUGUUAGUAGUUCAAAACAGCUCAGCACAUUUGAAGUUACUCAAGUGUUUAUUGCCUGAAUGGAUGAGUUGAUGGUAGACAGAAUGAAUGGAAAGUGGAAACAUUGUUUUAUUUACUUGUAACAUCAUGGUAUUUAUCAGCCAGGGGACUCUGUGUGACUAGACACUGAAAAUCAUACCACUGGAGAAUGUCUGCUGUUCUGUUCCAUUAGGUCUGUCUGAAGUUGAAAUUUAUACCUUCUUGGCAGUGACACAACAUGGGGUUCACAGUAACUAAAUCCUUGCUUUGAAGAAAGUGACUGGGUACUGGCUGGGGCAGGAAGUUACUGAGAUCUGUGGUAAGAUCAAAUCGGGGAUGCUCUCAUAAUGAAUGUCAAUCAAUCAGCUCCACCUGUUCCACCAUUUGGGCAGAACCAGCCCAUCUACCCAGGGUAUCAUCAGUCCAGUUAUGGUGGGCAACCAGGACCUGCAGUAGCUGCUACUCCCUAUGGAGCCUACAAUGGCCCAGUGCCAGGGUAUCAGCAAAUACCUCCCCAAGGUGUACCGAGAGCCCCACCUUCUUCAGGGGUACCUCCAGCCUCAACAAUGCAAGCCCCCUGUGGUCAGACUGCAUAUGGCCAGUUUGGUCAAGGUGAUAUACAGAAUGGGCCAAGCUCCACAGCUCAGAUGCAAAGGCUUCAGGGGUCUCAGCAGUUUGGGUCCCCAUUGGCUCCUGUGGUCAGCCAGCCAGCCGUGCUUCAGCCCUAUGGCCCUCCCCCCACAAGUACACAGGUGACUGCACAGCUUGCUGGAAUGCAGAUCAGUGGUGCUGUGUCCCAAGCCCCUCCCUCUUCUGGGUUGGGCUAUGGUCCACCAACAUCAUUGGCCUCAGCCUCAGGAAGUUUCCCUAACUCUGGUCCAUAUGGCUCCUAUCCUCAGAGCCAGGCUCCUCCCCUUAGCCAGGCUCAAGGUCAUCCUGGAGUCCAGCCUCCCCUGCGAUCUGCCCCACCACUGGCUUCCAGCUUCACAUCCCCAGCUUCAGGUGGUCCUCGGAUGCCUUCCAUGACUGGUCCACUCCCGCCUGGACAGGGCUUUGGGAGUCUCCCAGUGAGCCAGCCCAACCACGUAUCCUCGACUCCUGCUCAUGCCCUGCCCCCAGGCACCCAGAUGACUGGCCCCCCAGGACCACCACCACCUAUGCACUCCCCUCAGCAGCCAGGUUAUCAGCUGCAGCAAAAUGGUUCCUUUGGUCCAGCCCGCGGCCCUCAGCCUAAUUAUGAGAGCCCGUACCCUGGAACACCUACCUUUGGCAGUCAGCCUGGGCCUCCUCAGCCACUGCCUCCUAAGCGCCUGGACCCUGAUGCCAUCCCCAGCCCUAUUCAGGUUAUUGAAGAUGAUAGGAACAACCGGGGUUCAGAGCCAUUUGUUACUGGUGUACGGGGACAGGUGCCACCCUUAGUCACCACCAACUUCCUGGUGAAAGACCAAGGGAAUGCAAGUCCCCGCUACAUUCGAUGCACAUCCUAUAAUAUCCCUUGCACAGCUGACAUGGCUAAGCAGGCUCAGGUGCCUCUGGCAGCUGUCAUCAAGCCACUGGCAAGGCUGCCCCCAGAAGAGGCUUCACCAUAUGUUGUGGACCAUGGGGAAUCUGGCCCUCUACGCUGUAAUCGCUGCAAAGCAUACAUGUGUCCUCUCAUGACGUUCAUCGAGGGAGGGAGGCGCUUCCAGUGCUCCUUUUGCAGCUGUAUCAAUGAUGUUCCCCCCCAGUAUUUUCAACAUCUGGACCAUACCGGCAAACGUGUGGAUGCUUAUGACCGUCCUGAGCUGUCCCUGGGCUCUUAUGAAUUCUUGGCCACUGUAGAUUACUGCAAGAACAAUAAGUUCCCAAGUCCUCCUGCCUUUAUCUUUAUGAUUGAUGUCUCCUAUAACGCCAUCAGGACUGGUCUUGUUCGGCUCCUCUGUGAGGAGCUCAAGUCACUCUUAGACUACUUGCCUAGGGAGGGUGGAGCAGAAGAGUCAGCAAUCCGAGUUGGCUUUGUCACCUACAAUAAGGUGCUCCACUUCUACAAUGUGAAGAGCUCCUUGGCUCAACCACAGAUGAUGGUUGUAUCUGAUGUGGCUGACAUGUUUGUGCCACUGCUGGAUGGCUUCCUGGUCAAUGUCAAAGAGUCCCGAGCAGUUAUCACCAGCUUAUUGGAUAAGAUCCCAGAAAUGUUUGCAGAUACAAGAGAGACAGAGACAGUAUUUGCCCCGGUUAUCCAGGCUGGGAUGGAAGCUCUGAAGGCUGCCGAGUGUGCAGGAAAGCUGUUUCUGUUCCACACAUCCUUGCCCAUUGCAGAGGCCCCAGGGAAGCUGAAGAAUAGAGAUGACAGGAAGUUGCUCAACACAGACAAGGAGAAGACUCUCUUCCAGCCCCAGACAGGUGCCUACCAGACUCUGGCCAAAGAAUGCGUGGCCCAGGGCUGCUGUGUGGACCUCUUCCUCUUCCCUAACCAGUAUGUCGAUGUGGCCACACUCUCCGUUGUCCCCCAGCUCACUGGAGGCUCCGUCUACAAAUACGCCUGCUUUCAGGUGGAGAAUGACCAGGAACGGUUCUUGAGUGACCUGCGUCGGGAUGUACAGAAGGUGGUUGGCUUUGAUGCUGUGAUGCGGGUUCGGACAAGUACUGGUAUCCGUGCUGUAGAUUUCUUUGGAGCUUUCUACAUGAGCAAUACAACAGAUGUGGAGUUGGCUGGACUAGAUGAGGACAAGACAGUGACUGUGGAAUUCAAGCAUGAUGACCGGCUCAAUGAAGAGAGUGGAGCCCUACUACAGUGUGCCCUGCUUUAUACCAGCUGUGCAGGGCAGCGUCGGCUCCGCAUCCACAACCUGGCCCUAAACUGCUGCACCCAGUUGGCUGAUCUGUAUCGAAACUGUGAGACUGACACACUCAUCAACUACAUGGCCAAGUUUGCAUACCGGGGUGUUGUGAAUAGCCCUGUGAAGACUGUACGUGACACUCUCAUCACCCAGUGUGCCCAGAUCCUGGCCUGCUAUAGAAAGAACUGUGCCAGCCCAUCUUCUGCAGGACAGUUGAUCCUUCCUGAGUGUAUGAAGCUACUCCCAGUUUACCUGAACUGUGUGUUGAAGAGUGAUGUUCUGCAGCCUGGAGCCGAGGUCACUACUGAUGACCGUGCCUAUGUUCGACAGCUGGUUUCCUCCAUGGAUGUGGCCGAGACCAAUGUCUUCUUCUACCCUCGGCUUCUACCACUGACAAAGUCUCCCAUCGACAGUACCUCUGAACCACCAGCAGUUCGAGCAUCUGAAGAACGUUUAAGCAGUGGCGAUAUAUAUUUGUUGGAAAAUGGGCUCAACCUCUUUGUCUGGGUGGGAGCAAGCGUCCAGCAAGGUGUUGUCCAGAGCCUUUUCAACGUCUCCUCCUUCAGUCAGAUCACCAGUGGCUUGAGUGUUCUGCCAGUUCUGGAUAAUCCACUGUCCAAGAAGGUUCGAGGCCUCAUUGAUAGCUUAAGGGCACAGAGAAUGCGGUACAUGAAGCUUAUCGUGGUGAAACAGGAAGACAAGCUGGAGAUGCUGUUCAAGCACUUCCUGGUAGAAGACAAGAGCCUAAGUGGAGGUGCAUCCUAUGUGGACUUUCUCUGUCAUAUGCACAAGGAGAUUCGGCAGCUACUGAGCUAAAGCAAGUCGGUAAAUGGUAUAGGGUCCCAGGCCAACUUCCAGAAAGUACCCCAGGAUGGCAGAGAAAUUGGGACAGUUCCAUAUCUUAUGAGUCAUGUAAGCUGACCUCAGUCUCUUUAGGGGGGGGAGGGCAAGAUAUAAGGAGACACCUUCUUUCUGGGCUCAAAUAUCCUCUACCACUGUCAUGUCCUGCUGAUGGAAGGUGCCCUAGUCCCCUUACUCUACCCUCUUUCUCCUGCUAAUCCUGUUGUAAUGAAUGUAGUUUAUCAGUUCACUGUAUAUGAUCUAGUGUUGGGGGUUUGGAGGCAGCGAGGCCCUGGCAAUACUGAGUCCCUCUGGACCAGCCUCCAAGAGGAAAGGGGCAGGCAGGAAGGAGUGAGAACCCCAGGGUUAUUACAGGAGGUGGCAAAUUCAGCUCCGUGUCAUCAACAACUUCCUAUAUUAGGGAUUAAAUAUACAGGUGCACAAGAGCUGGGGUACAGACUGUAGGUGGUGGAGAGUAAAGUAGUUGGGGCCUGGUGGUCAGUAGCAAAAUUAUAGUUACUGAGGAUGGAUGACUAGUUGUCUCUCUACUUCCAUUGUGUGUGCUCUCUCUCCCCUGCUAUGAUUGGUUAGCACUUCGUGGACAGAAGCACAUAGCUAGAGAUGAAUGAGCCUGGGGACUGAAUUGCAAAGCAUAUUAACACCUAGGGGAGGUAGCGGCCUCCUUUCCAGCCGGAGAAGCCCCCAAUACUGGAUGGUUCUGUAGAGAGCCUGAUGGUCAACUUGCAAUACCUCACAGAGCCAGCCCACAUCCCACUCAGCUCCCACCAGAAACACAGCUUAAGCCGGGCGUUGUUGGGGAGAAGCAGAGAUGGCUGGAGCCCUCCCUGUCUUCCUGUGCCUGGACAUUACUGGGCUUUGGUAUUGACUGAGUGGUUGACAGUUAUCUUCCAACUCCAAUUGGCUGGGGCAGGACAAGGGCUAGGAUUGAUGGUGUCAGGCUUGCCUGCUCCCAGCCCGGGAUGCCCCUGCUCUGGACCUUUCAUUUCUUUUCAUUGGUUUAUUUUUCAAUGCAUCUUUAAUUUGUAAAGAAAUAAAAUAAGAUGUAACCAG